AUGUCACCAUCUGCAAGAAGGAUCUCGCCGUCUGCACGUAGAAUGUCUCCUGGCCAUAAAGGCGAAAGGCAUAUGGGACAAAGGCUGUCGCCGCGGAGGAUGUCACCGAACAAGCCUCCACCGACAAGGAACCUGUCGCCCGGUAGACGGGGCUCCCCCAAUCGUGGACAUUCGCCGAGGGCCUACGCGAGGUACUCACCAUCUCGUAUCGACAAGCACAUGGAAAACUUGCGCCCCGCUCCGGACAAAGACGUUAGGCCCGCCUACGACCCUAUACCUCAGGCGCAAAGUCAACCUAUGUACUCAGGUGGUUACCCACCGCGCGCGUGCGAUAACGCGCAAUUCGCGGCGUCGGCGCCGCGGCCCGCCGAACAGCGGCCGACGUGGCAGGACCGGGACAAGGCGUACAACGCGCCGACAAAGCCGCUCGACGAAAGAAGGGACCCAGCCAGGGGCCAGAAGUUCGAGCCGCCCAGGGGACCGGACUACCCCAGGGGCCAACUGAGCCAGCCCGAGGGGAAGAUGCGCUCGCCGUGCCGCGUGUCCCGUUCGCCCAGCCGCAGGGAGCGCUCGCCGAUACGCGACCGGUACAGGCGCCACUCGCCCUCGCCGAGGUCGCCGCGCCGCUCCUGGGCGCUGGAGAAACGCCGCAGCCCUGAGAGCCACGAGCCGCCCCCGCCCCCCACCUGGCCCAUCAAGGAGGCCCCCUACUCGAGCCAGGCACGCCCGAGCGAUGAGCGGCCGGCGAACAGCGGCCCAGUCUGGGACAAGCCGUACGGGGCCCUGGCGGGCAAGGAGAGUCCGCUCGUGCCACGCAAGGACGACCGCCGCAGCGCCGAACGCGAGGACCGCCGCUACUUGGACAGCCCGUCUCUCCCGCGAUGGGAGCCGCAGAAGGGGCCGAGGGAGAACAGGGACGCCUCGCCGCGCCAGCCGAGGCACGAACGCUACCCGAACCAGAGGGAGCCCAACUGCGACGCGACGACUUCCCCGACCCGGACGCCGCCCGACAGCGAGCGGCGCGAUCAGAGGGGCUUCGCGAAACAGGAGCGCGACGAGCCGCGCCACAAGGGCGACGAUUACCGCCAGCGCGCGGAGAGGAAACAGGAGCUGCGCAUCGGCCCCGACACGCUGAACAGGGAGAUCGAGGACGUGUUCAAGAGGGCGGCGGAGCUCACGAAGAAGACGGAGGAGUACCAGAGGAAGAGGAGCGAGAAGAUGAGCUACGGCGCGGAGCUAGAGCGCCGUCGGCCGGAGAAGCGCGACGCGCACCCCUACGAGUACGAGGCACCGGACAGAACUAGAUCGCCCAGACCGUCCAAUCUGGACCCGUACGGGGCUCCGUCCGGCUCGUACGGCAGGGGUCCAGCGCACGCUCGCGACCCGCGUGAAGCCGACCUCGACCCCAAGGUCCAAUACAAGCGCGACAAGGCAAUAGACGAGAUCGUCGGCAAGAUGCUGCACAAGUUCGCCCCGGAGCUGAAGGGCAAAAUGAGGGAUGAGGUGGAGGAGCGCUUGAAGCUCGCAAUAGAGCCGAUGAUACUCGACAUGUUCGGCGAUAAGGACGUGGCGUUCAUAGAGAUCGUCAUCAAGUUCGAGGACAGAUACAACGUAAAGGACCUGGAGAGGAUAUUCGAUCGCGUGAUGUCAGAGUUCCCGUCCGAGUUCAGGCGGAUGAAGCGGCCUGCGCAAGAUGAGACGCCUAUACCGGCAAAAAUUUUACGAAAUUCUCCCAGCCCCAGCAUGAAAAGAGAUCAUCCACUGGUAAACACGAACAAUUGGAAUUUUGAUAUCCAGCCGCCGCCGGCUUUGUUCGAGAAAAAGCCCCUGCUACCGACACCGACCAUGAUGGUCCCCAUCCCUUAUGCCAGUAGUGAGCCCGUACUCAAUCCCAUAUUUGUUCCGCAACCGCACGAGGGUCACUAUCUAUUCUUGUGCAAGGACAACUUCCAGGCGUUCAACGACACCCAGGCGGGGGUGCAGAACAAAACCCACUACGAGGUGUGGACGCGCGACGAGCAGUCUAAGGAGUGGCUGAUGAACUUGAACUUCAAGGACUUCCCCUAUUUCAAAGUGCUGAUAUACACCGCCGAGGAGCGGUGGUACGAGCGCGCCGCGAUAUGGCUGCCGGGCCACCCGAGGAAGCAGAACCCGCCGCCCCUGGUGAAGCUGAAGCUGCAGAACAGGGCGCUGGCGAACGUAAACGUGGACAAGUGGAAGCUCGUGAAGCAAAUCGUCACCGCGAAAGGCACCAGGCUCUACGUGGACAUGCCGCCGUCGUCGGCGCGCGCCCUAGAGCGACAAGGCAUGUCGCUGAGCUACGAACUGCAGAAGGUGCACGUGUUCUUAAAAGCGGUCGCGGUCGACAAGGACGCGUUCGACGCCGGCCUAGCGGAGAAAUCGAUCACGUUCAUCCCCGACCUGCAGAAGCAGAACUCUAGCAUGCCGGCGAUCGACAUGCAGGAGGCGAGCGUGAUAAAGCUGUGCCUCGCCGGCAGCACGGUAACGCUAACGACGGCGUGCAAGAUCAAAGACGCCCUGAUAAACAACAUCUACAAAUACCUCCAAACGGGCGGCACGUGCAAAACGGACUUCACCAGAUACGGCUUCUCGAAGCCGGGCUACUUCUGCGUGGUCCCGGAGAACGAGGAGACCAGGGCGUGGGUGAACACGGUGGACUUUGGCCGGAUCAACGGCCAGUGCGUCACGGUGUGGAGCGCGGACGAGGACAACGCGAGAUACUUCACCAUGUUCAUCUCGGUGCCCUACGAGAGCCACCUGACGCCGAAGACGCUCCUGCAGAAGUUGAAGUUGAGCAAUCGCGGCGUGAAGGGGCUCAAGUUCCACAUGUGGAAGAACGGCCACGUGUACCCCUCGAAUAUGUUCAAGACCGUGAACUAUCGCGUCGACGUCGACAUAGAAUCGGUAGAGACGCUGUUCAAAAUGAAAUUCACCCUCGACUACCUUGUGAAUGGUAGUAACGAGACCGUAUACAUAAAACCCGAGGAUUCGAUGUCGCGUCUCAAGGAUAUAAUAGGCAAGUUCAGGGCGGAGGCGAGGGAUUCGUUAGACGUCACCAAUAUGGAUAUUUCAACGUCGGAUGAGGACGAGGUUGUGUGUCUCGAU